AUGCCCCGCCCCUUGUUGCCCUCAUGCCCUCUCGUCCCCUUGCCCUCGCAUGCAUUCUUGCCCUCACCAACACGGCCUCGCCGCCGCGAGCACUCUGGCCAGAGACCGAUACAACGCCCACCCAAAGACCAACUUGGUCAAUCUCUUGCCUUUCUGUCUCUGCCUUCAUCGCUCACCACACUCAUUUCGCCGUCUUCACGCAACACCCCCUCCCUCACCUACGGGCCUUCAACUCGAUCCUCUUUACUGCCUCUGGUCGAUCUGCGCGAGGAUAUAUCGGACCGAUGGCAUCCUGGUCCUUUGAGUGCCCGGUCGAAUUUCACCUCUCGUCCAGUCGGGCAGUGGGACCAUCCUUCCCGACCCCUCGAACAAAGUCCCGCCCCCGUGUUCCGUCUUCGAAUCUGCGCAGCAGCUCGCUUCCCCCAUGUCCUCGCCGCCAGCUUCGCCGGUCUUUCCGCCGCCGCUGACAUCGGACAUGGGCGAAAGCAGCCGCUCUCCACGCCCGCGCGAGAUCCACCCUCUGCAAAUGUCCUCCUUGUCUUUGGCAUCGCCCGAGCAGGCUCUGAGACGCUUACCCAGCACUGGAGGACCCCGACCAGCUCACCCGGCGCCGAACGCAACCUGCCCAACCGCUGGUUGCAGGGCCGCGUCCACAUUGCUUUGCAUGGCUCUGGCGGCUGUGACGGCGGUGAGCUGACCAUCUACCGUCAAGGUGUUCGCCGACCAUUGUUCGUGUACCCCAUCGCCCCCCUUGACGAUGACAAUGGAUGGGCCAUCUCGGAUAUUCAGCACCUGCACGCGUCGGUCGCUGCACGGGCUCACGCGGUUGCGCUGCGCGUGGUCGCGCCCAGAUCGUCGCCGCCGCCCCCACCAGAGGAAGCCCAGUCGCCAUCGACUCAGGCCGCACCCAUGCGCAUCGCCAUCCCCCGCGAGCUGUCCGAGUCGUCGGCCACCACUGCCACAACGGACGUGUCGUCCAACCUCGCCACGUCGCCUCCCAUGACGUUUUUGAACUCGCCCUCGUCCAUGUUUAACAGUGGCGGCGGUAAGAAGCGUAACCCCAACGAGAGUCGUUUCAGCUUUGGAAGCUUCCUCCCAAACAGGUCGCGGAGCAAGACUGUCUCGUCGCCCAAGCAGAGCCCCGACCUCAGCGGCUCCGAGUGGACGUCGUCGUCGUCGGCGUCCCACCAUGGCCACGGCCACCAGUACACCAGCCCCAGCCUGCACGGCCCGCAGGACGACUCGGACAUUGAGACCAUUGCGUACCUCUCGUUCAUGUCUGCGCACGACCGCGACGAGUGGUUUGGCAUCCUGCGCGCACUGGCAAAGGUACCGCUGGAAGAAGGACGCGAGGCCCGAACGCACCGUCGUCUCAAGGUCAGCGUCCUGGACCUUAACGAGAUCCACCCGGCGCACAACAGCAGCACCACACUGCACCCGGCUGCACGUAGGUUGGACGCCGACGACUUGGAGGACAUGGCGUCUGGUGGCAGCAUCAGCUCGGAGGGGCACUAUUCGCGCGCCAACAGCUCAAAGUACACGCCAAGGAUAACGCGCACGGACGACGACAGCCACACUAAGCGCGGUAGCGUCAAGUCUGGCUGGUCGUGGCGUGAAACCAUCCGCGCCGAACUUAUUAUCGAUGGCACCCUCUUUGCGCGUACCGGAUGGGUCAAGGCUGCCGCCCACGGCAGCACACCCUUCUGGGGUGAAACUUUCAGCUUUAUGGAGCUGCCCCCCUUCAACACAUGCUACAUCCAUCUUUUAAAGCACAGGGGCGAGAACAAGCUGCCGGUCGUGUUUGCUGUUGUCGACCUGUCGCUCGUCUCGUCGUUCAGGACGCCCGACGACGAGCGAUACCCUAUCCGAGCAAUUGGCGGUGGCCUUAUUGGUGAACUCCGCCUCACGGUCCAGUACCAGGAAGUGGACGUCAUCAACCAGACCGAGUACGACCAGCUUCAGGUGUCUCACUCUUACGAAGGCUCAAAGUUCCUCUACGUGAUGAGCGGACGCGGAGUCAUGGAGGGUACCAUCGAGUACCUCGUCCGCAUUGGGCUGUGCGAGGGUGUCCUCAUGUCGCGUACCAUCGACACUUGCACCCACGAAGCCACUUCCGCCGGCAGUACACUGUUCCGCAGCACGACGCCCAUCUCCAAGACCCUCGAGGUCAUCAUGCGUCUCAUGUGUGGCGAGUUCUUGCAGGCGGCCAUCGGCCCCACAAUCAGACGCGUGCUCCGCGAGAAGGUCGAGCCCAACUUGUUCUUUACGUAUGCGGACGCACUUGACCCGCCCGUCAACUACCGCGCCGUCAACCAGAUGCGCGAGAUUGUCAGCGAGUGCUGGCACAACAUGUACAACAGCCGCCACUUGUUCCCUGACUUUGUGCGCCACAUUCUGAAGCACCUCUUCUCCAAGGUCAAGGAACACCACACCGAUGAGGGCAACGAUCUCUUGCGAUACAAGGCCGUGUCGUCGUUCGUCUUUCUCCGUCUGAUCGGUCCUGCGUUGAUGAGCCCCCACUUGUUUAACCUGACCGAUAGUGAGGGUCCGGGCAAGCUGCGUAGCUCACCUUCGGGCCUCCUGUCUGGGCCUACUCAGCGUACUUUGACGCUUAUUGCCAAAGUCUUGCACACGCUGGCCUUCUUCUCGGACAAGGAGUUGUUGCGCCAUCCCGAUAUUGUUCUCUUUAGGAACUUUAUCGUGGAUAACACCGACGCCAUGAUGGACUUUAUCAUUUCGCUGGCUUCCCCCGUCAAGCCCCACUCGAACACGCCCCUCACCCUUACGCCUGUCGACCGCUUCCUCGCGGAACGCAAGCUGCGUGUGCCAGAAUUCCAGGCCCAGGCGGUUCCCUACAUGACCGAGGCGGGACCCAUCGACCUCAGUGCCGACUGGGCCAUCUGUCUCGAGACAUGGUAUGAGAAGCGCCAGCACCCGGGUGUCAAGCUGCAUGUCGCCAAGACCUCCACCACGGACAUCCAGCACCUCAUUGCCAGGUACGACGGCCACCUCGACCGGAUCCACGGCCUCGCGUACCCCGCCGAAUCCGGGUCCUUGUCCACCAACACCUGUACCGAGUCUGCUGCUCCCCUCACACCGAGUGCUUCGCGUCCUUCGCUCAACUACUCCGUGUCGACGAAGAGCUCGGAAGAGUCGCACUCCGUUGCCAGCCAGCAGCCCCGUCGGUUCGGUUUCCCCGCUACACGCGAAUACAAGUCGACGUCGCCGCACGACAUCCUCGUGUCCCCCAACGAGUCGUACAGCGAGUCGGUCCCCGAGGUCCCCGAGACGGACGAGAGCACGACCGAGUCGCCCGACAUGAACGGCAACUGCCCCGAGACGCCGGCCGAGUCGCCCGACAUGAGUCUUAUCUCCACCCCGCCGUCGGGCACGCUCAAGCUGCCCCGUCCCGGUGUGGACAGGCGCCACAGCACGCCCACGCCCACCACCACGGCCGGUAUCGUCGAGUCGGUGAUCGACCCGGACCGCAUGAACAUUCCGCUCAUGAACUACACUAUGAACAACGCGAGCGCCAGUGCGCUCGACUCGCCCUACAGCCAAGGAGGACAGCAAGGACAGGACCUGUCGCCCAACUACCAGCGCUCGAUCCGGCGCAAGCGCCGGCCCACGCUGCCCAACUUGCUCUUGAACAGGCAGCCUACGGACCCCCAGGCCCCGCCAGUGCCCCCCCUGCCUUGGGCCGAGGUUAGGCGCGAGUAA